UUACCAUUGAAGACCACAAUGUCACAUCCUGUUUGGACAAACCAAUGGCCAAAUCUCCACAUUCUACCAGUGUGCACUUGCACACUCCCAUUAAUAGAUUAUAAAGUAUUGGAUAGGUGUAGGCAUCGGUUGGAGGGGUGUUUCCACCAUUGUAAAAUCAAUGGGUAGCCUAGUGGUUAGAGCAGGUAGCCUAGUGGUUAGAGCAGGUAGUCUAGUGGUUAGAGCAGGUAGCCUAGUGGUUAGAGCAGGUAGCCUAGUGGUUAGAGCAGGUAGCCUAGUGGUUAGAGCAGGUGGCCUAGUGGUUAGAGCAGGUAGCCUAGUGGUUAGAGCAGGUAGCCUAGUGGUUAGAGCAGGUAGUCUAGUGGUUAGAGCAGGUAGCCUAGUGGUUAGAGCAGGUAGUCUAGUGGUUAGAGCAGGUAGCCUAGUGGUUAGAGCAGGUAGUCUAGUGGUUAGAGCAGGUAGCCUAGUGGUUAGAGCAGGUAGUCUAGUGGUUAGAGCAGGUAGUCUAGUGGUUAGAGCAGGUAGCCUAGUGGUUAGAGCAGGUAGCCUAGUGGUUAGAGCAGGUAGCCUAGUGGUUAGAGCAGGUAGCCUAGUGGUUAGAGCAGGUAGCCUAGUGGUUAGAGCAGGUAGCCUAGUGGUUAGAGCAGGUAGCCUAGUGGUUAGAGCAGGUAGCCUAGUGGUUAGAGCAGGUAGCCUAGUGGUUAGAGCAGGUAGCCUAGUGGUUAGAGCAGGUAGCCUAGUGGUUAGAGCAGGUAGUCUAGUGGUUAGAGCAGGUAGUCUAGUGGUUAGAGCAGGUAGUCUAGUGGUUAGAGCAGGUAGUCUAGUGGUUAGAGCAGGUAGCCUAGUGGUUAGAGCAGGUAGCCUAGUGGUUAGAGCAGGUAGCCUAGUGGUUAGAGCAGGUAGUCUAGUGGUUAGAGCAGGUAGUCUAGUGGUUAGAGCAGGUAGUCUAGUGGUUAGAGCAGGUAGUCUAGUGGUUAGAGCAGGUAGCCUAGUGGUUAGAGCAGGUAGUCUAGUGGUUAGAGCAGGUAGCCUAGUGGUUAGAGCAGGUAGCCUAGUGGUUAGAGCAGGUAGUCUAGUGGUUAGAUCAGGUAGCCUAGUGGUUAGAGCAGGUAGCCUAGUGGUUAGAGCAGGUAGUCUAGUGGUUAGAGCAGGUAGCCUAGUGGUUAGAGCAGGUAGCCUAGUGGUUAGAGCAGGUAGUCUAGUGGUUAGAGCAGGUAGUCUAGUGGUUAGAGCAGGUAGCCUAGUGGUUAGAGCAGGUAGCCUAGUGGUUAGAGCAGGUAGUCUAGUGGUUAGAGCAGGUAGUCUAGUGGUUAGAGCAGGUAGCCUAGUGGUUAGAGCAGGUAGCCUAGUGGUUAGAGCAGGUAGCCUAGUGGUUAGAGCAGGUAGCCUAGUGGUUAGAGCAGGUAGUCUAGUGGUUAGAGCAGGUAGCCUAGUGGUUAGAGCAGGUAGCCUAGUGGUUAGAGCAGGUAGCCUAGUGGUUAGAGCAGGUAGUCUAGUGGUUAGAGCAGGUAGUCUAGUGGUUAGAGCAGGUAGCCUAGUGGUUAGAGCAGGUAGCCUAGUGGUUAGAGCAGGUAGCCUAGUGGUUAGAGCAGGUAGCCUAGUGGUUAGAGCAGGUAGUCUAGUGGUUAGAGCAGGUAGCCUAGUGGUUAGAGCAGGUAGCCUAGUGGUUAGAGCAGGUAGCCUAGUGGUUAGAGCAGGUAGCCUAGUGGUUAGAGCGUUGGGACUAGUAACCGUAAGGUUGCAAGUUCUAACCCCUGAGCUGACAAGGUACAAAUCUGUCGUUCUGCCCCUGAACAGGCAGUUAACCCACAGUUCCCAGGCCGUCAUUGAAAAUAAGAAUGUGUUCUUAACUGACUUGCCUAUUUUAAAUAAAGGUUAAAAUAUGGGGAGUGUGAAAGUGCAAA